AUGUCUAUGCUGCAACGCUUAUCGGUAGUAUGCACCCUCCUUGCUUUUGUGCUCGCUGCUCCAGCCCCGAUAUCGCCAUCUCGGUCUGGGAAAUGGCUCCUGUCUCACCCCCGGAAAGCUUCCCUGGCAGCAAAGAGCCUUCUUUCGCGCUACAUCACUCGCUCACGAUGGAACAUAAUCAAAUCCCUCGUCAAAAGGGAUUUGCCUGGAUCUGUUGCAAUCAUUCCGGAUCAUCAGUCGCUCUAUGCGUUUCGUCAAUUCAGUCCAAGAGAACGCAAGAUGACCAGCCCCAGCGCUGCUGUUGUUGCCGGCCGUCUUGCGGAUCAAUAUAACACCCAUCUCAAGACCGCUUCGCAAACAAAGUUUCCUGGGCUGGAUGCAGCAGCAUCUAUCACCAACCCCCGUCUUCAGAACACUCUUACGCUGAACAGCAAGAUCGGACAAUAUACCGCGAGAAAAGCAGCUCCGAUGGAAACUUCAAACGGCUUUGUACGAUUUGUUCGCAAAUCUCUGUCCACGGCAGACCAAGUGGGGCUAACUGGUGGCCGUUGCACGAGCUCACCGGAAUGUGCGGAUGGGAGGGUCUGCACAAACGGAGAAAUUACCACGUGCCCCGCCGGCGAUGAUUGCUUUUGUGCACCUUCGGACGGACCUAAGCCAUGCACGUCUAGCGCCGAUUGUGCGACAGCUGGGGAAGUGUGUGCACAACUGACCGGCGGCGCAGCCUGCUUGUCGGAGGAAGUUGCGAAUGCUCAAAAGAUUCCGAUCGUGAGCGGCGAAAGCUCUAGUGAUGAAGGGGACACAGCUACAAGUGAUGACACGGACUCCCAUACCGGUAGUGGUGACGGGAUCACAGGGGCGCCCUGCACGAGUUCGUCCGAGUGUGCGGAAGGAAGAAUCUGCAAUGGUCCAGACGCGUCUCUGUGCUCUGCAGGUGAGAGGUGCAUUUGUGUUCCUUCGGACGGACCUGAACUAUGCACUUCUAGUGCCGAUUGUUCAACAGAUGGGGAGGUGUGCGUGCAGCUAGACGACGCAAUUUGUUUCUCCAAGAACACGGCGAAUGUGGCUAGUCUUCCGAUCGUGGGCGGCGAAAGCUCUAGUGAUGGAAGCGAGGAAAACGCCGGUUCCACCCCAACCCCAGAUGAAAGUGACGACCCAUCGAGCAGUAGUGAAAGCGACGGAAAUGACGAGGAGGCUUGCAUAGACGCUCGAGCCCUUGGACAUCUUCCCAGCGAUGCACUUGUGUUCAAGAAGCACGCCGUAUCUCGGGUUCUAUGCGAUGAGAACAACAGUUGUGCCACACGUGGUCACAUGGUCUUGUUCCACGGGCACGCGAUGAGAAUGAGCACGUAUUGCGAUUCGGUUGGUUGCAAGCAAGCGGUGGUGGAGGUGAACAGUCCUCGCUUCUCCCGUGGGAUGCGCAUUGAGUCGAAUACGAAGGAGCUGGAAUACACUGUGUUUGCUGCGCGGCACGACACGCGCGCUGAGGAAAGCAUGAUUAGGAUAGCUGUGCAACUUGGGUUGUGA